AUGAGCAAAGACAAUCUGUUUUAUUAUUUUCGCAAAGUUAACCUUUGGGAGUUGGAAAAGAAAGAUAAGUCUGCCGAACUCGAAGGGCAUUUAUUAACAAUUUUGCCUACCGAAGUAAUUAAUAAAAUUGAACAAAUAGAAAUUUCCAAAGAUCAACAAGAAAAAAAUUUGGCAGCCGUUGGUUUUUCAAGAAUUAAUUUGCAAUUUUUUGCCCAAAAAAAAGCUGGUGGCUCAGCGAAAACUAAUCGCUCCCAUGAUUCAAUUUCCAAAAGGCGGGGGAUUAAAAAACACGAUGGAGAAACAGUAAAAGCCGGGAUGAUUUUAUUUCGUCAGUUAGGCAACAAGAUUAAAGCUGGGUCAAAUGUGGGAACGGGAGGCGAUUGGACACUUUUUGCUUUAAAAAAAGGAACAGUCAAAUACUACAAAGGUCGAGAAAAGAAAACUUUUGUGAAAAUCGUUCAAAGGCAGGAUAGCUCAAAGAACAAAGGUGAACCACUAUUGGCUGAAUUUGAAAAAAUCCCCGAGGGAGAAGAAGUGCGAGAAUUGGGCUCGGGAGAAUUUGAAAAGGGUGGUUGCUACCACAAAGAAUGCUAUACAAAAAUGAUUGACCCCAAAAAAGAAUUACCGGCUCACAUCUUACCUUAUUUAUUACCUUUUUUUGCGGUUAAGACACUUAUUCGGGAAGAUUCUUCGCUUUUGGAAUCUUUGCCCAAAACUUCGCUUAGCCAAUCCUUCUUGCCAAUAGACAUUCGCCAAAAAUUUAUCUCUUAUCUCGACGAAAAGGAGUUUCUUCCUCUUUGUACCAGCGACAGACUAUUCUACGGAAUUCUGCUCACUCGGUUAAAGGAUUUUCUCCGGCGAAUCGAAUUGAAAUUUUCUUUCAGCAGCAAGUCAGUCGUCAACAAAAAUGAUUUUACGGAAUUAAAAACUUGUUGCGAACAAGCAUUAUUUUAUUCAAAUAAGCCCUCCCGCGAAAAAUACGAAGUGCGAUUAGAAGAAGAAUUACAAGUCAUUAAUAAAUUAGGCUAUACCCGCUAUUUUCUUAUUUUUAACGAUAUUGUUAAUGGCUUACGCCAGCAAAAUGUUAUUGUCGGUCCCGGGAGGGGGAGUGCCGUUUCUUCUUUGGUGGCUUAUCUUUUAGGAAUUACCAAAAUUGAUCCCUUGGAAUAUAAUCUUUUUUUUGAAAGAUUUUUAAACGAAAAAAGAAAAUCCCCGCCGGAUAUUGACAUUGAUGUCGAAAACCAAAAAGAAGUAAUUAAUUAUUUACAAAACAAAUAUGGUCAAGACCAAAUUGCCCGCGUGGCUACCCGCCAAAAACCAAUUACUGAUGAAAAUCAAUUAAAAGAAAUAAUGAGUUGCGUAAAAGAUGAGGUUCUGAAAGAAGAUUUAAAAACCAAAGCCUUGCAAGCCAAAUUUCCUUUUCUCUUUAAUUGGGCGAAAAAAAUCAAAGACUUUUAUUUUAAUAGUUCUCUUCAUGCUUCUGGCUUUGCUAUUUCGGAAAACAAAAAAAAGUCUUUAACACAAUUGCUUCCUCUCCAACAAAAUAAGGAUUGUUUAGUUAGUUAUUACUCGGAAAAAGAUUUAAAUCUUCUCGGUUUAAAAAAAUAUGACUUUCUCAAUUUGACCAGUUUAGGAACUUUACGGGAAAUCAAAGAAAUUUUGGGUAAAGAACAAUUACCAAAAUACUUGGUGCUGAUUUUGGCUCUUAAUCGUCCCGGAGCGAGAAAAAACAUUGAAGUCAUUCGGGAGAAGAAACUAAAAGGUCAAAAAGCAAUUUUUUCUUCGCCGGUUCUUAAUCAAAUUCUCGCGGAAACUUAUGGUUCGCUGGUUUUUGAAGAACAAAUUAGCCAAAUUUUUGCUUUCGUUUUUGACUGUUCUUUCGCCGAAGCGGAAAUCUACCGCCGUAAUUUAACCGAAAUUAGCAAACGCGGAACAACUACUUAA